GGUUACCAUCCCUGGGUUUAAUCCCCAGUACCAAAAGACAAAAACAACAAGAAAAACUUUGAGUCAUAAAAUAAUGAUAAAAGUAGAGUAAAUACAUAAACCAGUAAUAUUGUCUUUAUUAUUGUUAAUCAAGUUUUAUGUGCUGCACAUAGUCAAGCUAUACUUUAAGACAACUGGCAAUGCAGUAGGUUUGUUACCGCCAGCAUCACCACAUAGGAUUAAUGCAUUGUGCUGUGAUGUUACAACAGCUACCAUGUCACUAGGUGGUAGGAGUUUCCAACUGCAUUAUAAUUUUAUGGAGUCACCAUUAUGUAUGUGGUCUGUUGUUGACUGAAACUUUGUUUUAUGGCACAUGACUAUAACCUUAUAUUCACUCAUGCCUACUUUUCAUUGACACAUCUGUUACUCUAGCCCUUCCCAACCCUAGCACUCUUUGGGAUCCCUUCAAACUUUUCAUUGUGCCUCAGUAAAUGUUUUAAAUACAUAAUCUGGAUCCUGCAGAGGUCAUGAGUAAGACCCAGGAGAAAACUAUAAAAAUGACUAUUGGUGGAAAGAAGCCUACAUCCUCCAAGUCUUCUUUUACAAAUGCAGAGACUAAGGUUUGUGGAAGUGAGGUGACUUGUUCACACCAGGAUUUGUGGCAGAGUAAAACCCUGAACCCAGGUUUUCUUAGUUCCUGCCUACUGAUCUUAACUAGAGGGGCAAAGGCAUAAUACUGCUGUUAUGGUUUCUGGGAAAAAAAAAACUGACAUUUGUUAAAACUACCACUGGGGGAAACUCUGAAACAAAUUGACCAACCUUUUGUGGUCUGAAAAGCCAGAAAUCCUCAUAUUUGGUGCUCAGACAGCUGUAGAAUUUAUAUUCUGUGACUGUAAUAAGGUCAAGAGUCCCGGGAUACUUGAGUUAUGGCAGGCCGCCUGUGGGUGGGAUUCAUAGUGUUGGCUGAGUGCCAGCCCAGGCUCUGUGACAACCCGAUAACUAACGGGCUGGGGACUGGAUCUGAGCAUCCCAGUGUUCUCUUGGGGAUUCUUGCCAGUUUCUUGGCGGCUAAGGACAGGGUCAGCACCAUGGACAGCGCCAUGGUCCCACCUCCCUUUCGUGUGCCAGAGAAGAGGAACUCCGGCUUAGCCUGGUAUGGGGACCAGCUCUAGUCUCAGCUGUCUGUUCUGAACAGGAUGAACGACUCUCGUAGGGCAGUCUUCAUCGCCCAGUCGUCAAGAGCCGGCUUCUCACUUCCAAUUCCAAUGCUUCCAGCGCUAGCCCUAGGGACACUAAGUCAAAAAUCCAGAAUGCACCGCUCUGGGGGCUCGAAACCUCUGGACUCGAAGUUGCUGUCACUGCUUCUACAAUCAGUGCAUGUUCUUGGCUGACGUCAGUCGGAGCUGUCCUGGCGCUAUAUAAGACUGGCGGCGGUCCCAGGACAGACCCCGUGUUUCCCGAGGAGCCCUCAGCCUAGCCGGAGGGACAGAGACUGGAGCUCCGUCUUGCAUCAGGCAGACACUCUCCAAUAACCUGGCCGGUGGCAUCAUGAAUCAAGCUGGACGCAGGGCGCUGCUGGUGGCGCUGCUGCUUCUGGCACAGCUGCGUCCUGGGAGCAGUCAGUGGAACCCAGCGGCGGCAGCGGCGACCGAGGUCCGGGACCCGAGUCUUCGAUGGAACUCCGGGGCGCGGAACCAGGGCGGUGGGGCGCGCGCUCUCCUCUUGCUGCUGGCAGAGCGCUUUCCCCGCCGCGCUGGGCUCACCCGAUGGGGAUCCGAGACCGCAGGCGAGCGACCGCGACGCGACGACCCUCCACUAUCCAUCGACCUCACAUUCCACCUGCUGCGGACCCUGCUGGAGCUGGCUCGGACGCAGAGCCAACGACAGCGUGCGGAGCAAAACCGCAUCAUAUUCGACUCUGUGGGCAAGUGAUCCGCCCAGUCCCAGGCUGCGAAAACCUUGACGCCUUCCCCAACCCCGGGGCUGAAAGGUGCGCGACGGGAACUGACCCAGUCCCACGGUGCAGAAUGGCCCAGAGACGCUCUGAGCACUCUCUGCCUAUUUUUUAAUA